ACUGAGACUGCCAGUCAGACAGGCAGCAGCAGCAGCAAGAGACGUUCGCUCUGUCUGUCGGUCUGUCCGACGCGUCUCUGUCACACACACACACUCGCACACACACAAACACAUUUUGUACUUCCACCAGCUAUUGCAGUUUGCUUGGGUUUCAGUUCGUUCGUGCGCGUCGUCGACGCCAGCGCCAAUAAGCGGAAUAGGCAACGGCAGCGGCAAACGGCAUCGAAAAUCGGCAUCGAAAUCGAACGAGAGAGCGAACUGAUCGAAUAGAAUACGCGCGCAGUGAAUUUUCGAGGGAGGCAUUGCGCAGGUGUUUCGCAAAAAAAGAAGGAUAAACAAUAACAACAACAACAAAAAAGAAACGAAACAAAACGCAUAAACAAAUGCAAUUGGCAACUAACUAGAACGAAAAGUGAUACAACACAUAAAUAGAGUGCGCGAAUAGGCGUCUAAAGCAUGGCCGAAGCAGGGAUAAGCACAGCAGCCAGCGGCAUGGAGCUGGCCCUCAAAGACACCAACCACAAUGUGGCUGGCCUCAUCGUGGACAUGACCCCGACGACGGCCGCCCUGCUGCACCACAAUGCCCUGGCGCUGCGCAGCCUGAAGGAGGCGGCCACCGAAACGGAACUGCAGGAGUCGCCGCGCUCACUGGCCACGACACCGACGCCGACGCCAACAAAUCUGAGCACGGCGCCCCACUCGCCGCCCAUGACAUUCCGUUGCGAACGCUGCGAGAACUUUGAGACGAGCUCGCGGGCGUCGCUGCUGCUGCACGUGGUGCAGUGCCUGGCCGGGCAGGUGGUGGCGGUGCGGCUGAAGAGCGAGCAGAGUGACGAGCCGGAGAACAUGAGCGUCAGUCACAUGGACAGCUGCAAGCAGGAGCUGGCCACAACAGAGGCGUCUGCUGCAUCGGCUGCGGCAGCGGCAGCGGCGUCAGCGUCAGCGUCAGCAUCGGGAACUGGCGCCGGCUCGAGCUCCUCGGCCAGCUCCUCGCCGGCGGGCAACUCSUCGUCGUCGUCGUCGCGCAAGGUCUUCGAGUGCGACGUGUGCAACAUGAAGUUCUCCAACGGCGCCAACAUGCGCCGCCACAAGAUGCGGCACACGGGCGUCAAGCCGUACGAGUGCCGCGUCUGCCAGAAGCGCUUCUUCCGCAAGGAUCACCUGGCCGAGCACUUUACGACGCACACGAAAACGCUGCCCUAUCACUGUCCCAUCUGCAAUCGCGGAUUCCAGCGCCAGAUCGCGAUGCGCGCCCACUUCCAGAACGAGCACGUGGGCCAGCACGAUCUGGUCAAGACGUGUCCGUUGUGCAGCUAUCGCGCCGGCUCCAUGAAGUCCCUGAGGAUACAUUUCUUCAACCGGCAUGGCAUCGACCUGGACAAUCCGGGUCCGGGUGGCACCUCCUCGCUGCUGCUGGCCCUCGAAUCGCAGGCGUCGGCGGCGGCCGCAGCAGCGGCAGCGGCAGCAGCGGCCGCAAGCUAUGCACAGCCCCAGGUGGGCCAGGUGGGUCAGCCGACGCUGGCGCCGGCCCAGGUGGGGCAAUCGCAGGUGGCGGCCAGCCAUCAGAGCGAUAGCGGUGAAUCGAUGCGAUCGUUGGAGAAUGCCACGCCUCCCAUGCACUUUCUGACGCCCCACGUGGAGAUCUCAACGCUCAGCGAGAGCGGCAAUACGGAGCUGUUCAAUCUUAUUUGCGUUUUGCGUGAAUCUUUUCUUCAACAGGGCAACAACAACAACAACAAUAACAACACAAAUACCAACAACAACAACCACAGCAGCAACUGCAGCAACAGCAACAACAACAGUAGCUCAACUGAACCCGAUUCAAAGGAACAUUCACUGCUCCUCGCCCCCCAAGAGCUGCCGAUGGACUGCAAGGCCACGCCCAUCACAUCGAGCAGCGGCUCUAACAAGAGCCACGCCCAUCUGCAUCAUCAGCUUCCACACCACCAUCAUCACCAUCAUCACGAGAAUCACAUAACGCCUUCGAUUAGUCUAAUACCCAUCAAACAGGAGCCGGUGUCGCUGGAGGAGGCGGCGGCGGACAAGAAGGAGUCGCUGAAUGGUGAUGCCAAUAGCGAUACGGAAAGUGCUGCCAAUAACAACAACAACAAUAACAACAGCAGCAAUAACAACAACAACAACAACAACAAUUGCAGCAGCAACAACAACAACAGAGUCACCUCAUUGAUCAAGGUUUCGCCCUUGAAGUCACUUCUGCGUGAGGAUCUGAAGCGUCGCAUUUGCGCCAAGGCCAACAAUCGCAUCACCCGGAAUGCCACGCCGCUGGAGCACGAGCUGCAGCAGACGAUGCUAAAUGGGGCGGGCGGUGGUGCGAGUGGCGCCUCGGUAGGUGGCAGCACGGCCAGCACGCCCACAACGCCAGCGGGCGGCACACACAACGGCAACCAGAGCUCCACGCCCAUUUGCAACGGGACGAUCACGUCGUCCGGGCAGGAGAGCGACCUCCAGCUGAAUCGGAAACUGAUUCUCACCUGCCAUUUCUGUGGCAUCGAGUUCCCCGACGAGACGCUCUACUUCCUGCACAAGGGCUGCCACUGCGAGAGCAAUCCCUGGAAGUGCAACAUCUGCGGGGAGCAGCUCAACAAUGUGUACGAGUUCAAUGCGCAUCUGCUUAGCAAGAGCCAUCAAUAGCAGCCACAGUUUGGCAGCCACUGACACAGUUUGGCAGCCAAUUAGCUGAAUAGUAGACGUUAUAAGGAAAGAUAUAUACAUACAUACAUACAUAUAUGUAUACAGAAUUGCAUAUAUAUAUAAAGUUUGACAGCCACUGAUGCAGAAGACGUAGAUAUAUCCAAACGUUGACAGUUUGAGUGCAAUUCACAGCUUACGGUAAAUCUAGACAAAUACGGGCAGAGGUACACGUAUAGUAAACAACAGUUUGACAGUCACUGAUAAAGAAUAUGCAACCAAAAUAGAAUAAACGCUUAUCUUAUGUUACAGUUUAACAGCCACUGACAGUCAUCUUCUAAGUAGAGGCAGAAGCAAAGAAAAAUAUCCAAGGCAAGAAUAUGGCAUAUACUACAGUUUGACAUUCACUGACAGCUGACACUCAACAGAAUCUUCCAUAUUUUAAGCAGAUUUUAACCGGCUCUACAUAAAGAAAUUCUAGA